AUGCAAGUGAUCUGUCUGUGUAACCCGCUGCUGGACAUCCAAGCGACUGUCGAACCGGCGUACCUCGAGAAGUACGCUCUGAAGAGCAACGAUGCCGUGCUCGUGGAUUCUGCCGACGACCCGUUGAACAGGAUGGCCAUCUACGACGAGUUGCUUGCCAAGGACGGCGUAGUGCUCGUCGCUGGUGGUGCAGGUCAGAACACUGCCCGUGGUGCCGCGUAUGUGCUCGGUGAGGGCCAAGUCGGUUACUUCGGUUGCGUUGGGCAGGACAAGUAUGCUCAAUUGCUUCUAAAGGAGAACGAGGCUGCUGGUGUCAAGUCUCUGUACCAAGUGGAACCCGCUUACGGGACAGGUAAAUGUGCCGCGUUGAUUACGGGGCAUGACCGUUCGCUUGUCACGGAUCUUGGCGCUGCGAACCACUUCAAGGCGGAACAUAUCGACGCCCACUGGGACGCAGUCAAGCAAGCGAAGUUGUUCUACGUUGGUGGGUUCCACUUAACCGUGUCUUCCGAUGCGAUUGUGAAACUUGGUGAACACGCCAAGGCGGAGGGGAAACCUCUCGUGUUGAACUUCAGCGCGCCGUUCAUCCCACAGUUCUUCCAUGACGCAUUGAAGCAAGUGCUUCCCUACGCGACGCACGUCAUUGCCAAUGAGACCGAGGCACAGGCCUUUGCAGAGGCGUUCAAGUUGCCAGUCGUAGACACAACGGACCUUCAAGCGAUCGCCGCAGAGAUCAUCAAGGAAGACCCUCGCAAGACGGUUAUCUUCACCCACGGGUUGGAACCCACGGUCGUCGCUACAGCAGAGGGUACCGCACUGCACAAAGUGCAACCUGUCGACUCGAGCAAGAUUGUGGACACUAAUGGUGCUGGGGACGCCUUCGCUGCCGGGUUCGUCGCGGGGACCGCCCGUGGUGAACCACUAGACACUUGCAUCGACAUGGGGUCCUGGCUAGCUGCUCUGUCCAUCCAAGAGGUCGGACCAUCGUACCCAAAGACCAAGCUGACCUACUCCAACUGA